UGGCCACACGCAUAACAUUACACACACCUAUGUGUAUUUCUUGCUUGUUAUCGUAAACCGAAGUGCUCAAUGGUUUCUUUGCCCUACCCUAUGACAGCUCACUAUUCUUGUUCGUAGCCAACUGGUUGCUUGUGUCAUGUUGCCCCAAAUAUAUAACUUCUUCGAAGUAUAGAGCACAACGCAAUAGUCAUGGACUUCAGCGAAUCCUAUCGCUGCUCGGGUCCGCCACCAAAGUUCUCGCCAGAUGGACGCUUCGUGGCGACCGUGGUGGAGUACCGCCUCAUCAUUCGCGAAGUAGAGAGCCUCAGAGUCGUACAGCUGUAUUCCUGCCUGGACCGCAUUGACAGCAUCGAGUGGUCCAGCAACUCGCUGUACGUCAUGUGCGCCCUCUUCACACGCGGCAUCCUGCAGGUCUGGUCCGUGGAGAGCUCCGAGUGGAGUUGCAAGAUCGAUGAGGGACCCGCGGGUCUGCAGGCGGCGCGCUGGGCCCCCGACGGCGCCUGCGUGCUGGCGGUGGCGGCCCACUGCGUGCGGGCCGCGGUGUGGUCGCUGCGGGAGCGCAGCUGCACCUACCUGCGCGGACCCAAGCACGCGGACCGGGGCAUUGCGUUCAGUGAGGGCGGGCAACACCUGGCGGUGCUGGAGCGCUCCGAGCUCAAGGACUGGGUAGCGGUGUACGACACGCACUCCUGGGCCCUCGCCGCUCGCUUCCAGGUGGACACGGCGGACGCGGCGGACCUGGCCUGGUCGCCCGAGGGGGGGCUGCUGGCGGUGUGGGACAGCUGCCUGACGUACAAGGUGGUGCUGGUUAACGCGAGCACCGGGGCGGUGGUGGGCUCCUACUCGGCAUACAGCCACGAUGCACUAGGGAUAAAGUGUUGCUCCUGGAGUCCCCGCGGCGAGCUGCUCGCGGUGGGCUCCUUCGACCGCACCGCCCGCCUGCUGAACCACGUCACCUGGCAGCCGCUGCUGCAGGCGGAGCACCCGCAGCAGCUGGCGGCGCCGGCGGGGGUGGUGGUGUACCGGGAGGAGCCCGAUGAGGCCCCCGCCUCCGCCCCCCGGCCCCCGGACCCCUCCGCCCGCUCCAAGUACGUGAUCGCCCCGCUGCCCGCGCCCGUGCCCUUCAUCAAGCCGCCGCUAGACGCGCCCGCACCCGUCAAGAUGGGAGUAGGCCGGUGUUUGUGGAGUGGCGACGGGCGCUACCUGGCCACGGUGGAGGACAGCACCGCCCCGGGCGUGUGGGUGUGGGACGUGGGCGCCAUGGAGCUGGGGGCGCUGCUGCUGCACCUGGCGCCCGUGACGGACCUGGCGUGGGGGCCCAGGGGCGCCACGUUGGCCAUCGUUGCUGGCGGCUCCAAGGUGCACCUGUGGACCCCCGCGGGGGCGUCCAUCGUGCACAUUCCGCUGCCCAACUUCCAGGCUUACGGCUGCAGCUGGAACCACACCGCCACCACGCUGCUGCUCCGGGGACCCGACUCCUUCUGCUGCGCCUACCUAACUGCGUGACCGCUUCUGGUCCGGCGGGGGCCGUUGGGGACCAAGUAGCCAUGCGGUGCCGGUUGUGGGUUGUUUGGAAGGCCUUGAGACGUUGGCAGGGGGUUGCGCAGCUGAAUGCUGGUUGUGCGGCCCGUUAUAGUGGGUGUGGUGUUGAUUUUGAUGCAUGGGAGAGGGGAGCACGGGUGCUGGUAUUGAUGUCGGUGCUGCUGUCACUGCUGCGCUGGUGAGGGGCGCGUUUGGGGACGAGGAAUGGGUUUCGGUUGAACAAUGGUCCAACGGGCCAAACAGUACUUCGGUACUCACCUGCCGACCUUCUGUGCUUAACAGCUCCGAAGCUGUCGCGGUGCCGGGCGCCAGCCCACAUCCUGCAUGAUGCCUAGGAUGAUGCAGCCAGCUGGCCCCACAUGCUGCACGACACGCCUGGCCCCGCCUCUGAAGCGUGAUGUCGUACUCCACAUCCACUUGCGU